AUGGAGGCUGAGCAGGACCCCCUUCAGAUCAUUCAUGGUACCGUUCACAUUAACGGUACCCCUGUACUCACUCUAUUUGAUUAUGGUGCAACUCUAUCUUUCAUUGAUUCUGCUAUUACAUCUAGACUAGAACUGAACACAACUCGGAUGCAUGCCCCCUUAGUUGUAUCAUCCCCUAUGGGUAAAUUUGUAGAAACAGACAAGAUAUAUAGGGCAUGUCCCAUCACUCUCGCAGAUCGCGAAGUAACUGUGGACCUAAUCAUCAUGCCUGUUAGACAGUUUGACAUCAUCAUGGGGAUGGACUGGCUUAUAUUGGCGCGUGCAGUCAUGGACUGUCACAACAAGAAGGUUACUAUAUCCAUCCCCAGGCAGGCCUCCUUCACUCCGAAAGGGAGAGGCAGACACGAAGAGUUUGAGAGCUUACAGGCUCUAGGUGGAGACGAAACAGUAGAAGCCAUUAUCAGCUAG